AUGGUUGAGCUUCCACAAUUGUACCACCGCCGACACCGGAAAUGGGGUCUGCAAGCCGUGUUGGAGGACCGAGAAGCGUACAAAGUGAGCUGGUGCAAGUUUGAACCCCCAAUUAUUACCCCUCAACAUCUCCGGAGUCCAGGUGAUAUGGAACACAGCUCGACCUUACAUUACGCUUUAUACAUUGGCAAGGUUAGGUACGGUGCAUCAUACGCCACCGACAAUGUACGGGAGUUGGACCCUGCCCCUUUCCAAGUCUUCCUCCAUCCCGUCGACAAGAGUUUUUGGAUAGUUUUCGACGUUUAUCCUAUGCAUGGUUUUGAUCGGUUCCCAGAGGAAGAAGAGUGGACGGACACCGAUGAAGAGGAAUUCAACGUCGGUGAGGGGAAUCGCGUAACGGUACGCGUAUACCGCCACUCAAUUUGGGACGCGCUCGAAUCUGCACCUCCUGUCGUUGCUUGGCGCAUACCAUUUUCUGACAUGCAGCGUAUCGCACGGCGGCGCACAUAUGUUCGUGGUCUCGUUAGCACGGUCAUAUUCGACGAUAACGGACCCGUGCCGCAAGUGGUCGUGGACGGGUAUGAUCCUACCUGGAACAGCUCCGUUGGCCCGCGGCCACUGAUAUAUGCGCCGCUGCUCGUGGUGGGAUCCAACGCUGCGGCCGAGUUCCAACAAGACCCUGGACCAAACGAUCCGUCAGCCGACUAG